GGUUGCUGUGGAGACGGAGUGACAGGAGCCGGGUGACGGUCCGGCCGGGUUCGGGGCGGCGGCGGCGGCGGCCCCGGCAGCUGGAGCGGGAGGAGGAGUGGGCCGGGACGGGGCGGAGUUUAAGGUUGGAGACAAAGUUUUGGCAGCCAAUGUUCCUUUGUGAUGCUGAAAAUGCCAGCAGAUGGAAGAGAGUCCCCCACCGAGAGAGAUUUCUUCAAGGAUGCCACGUUCCCUGCCUGUGAUUCUUCCCUCUUUUGUACCUUUUCCACUCCCCUGGCACAGUUCCGAGAAGACAUCACCUGGCUGCGACCACAGGAAAUCUGUUCCACUCCUCGACUGUUCCCAGAUAACCCCCAGGAAGGUCAGAUAAAGCAAGGGAUUCUGGGAGACUGCUGGUUCCUCUGUGCCUGUGCCGCCCUGCAGAAGAGCAAACAUCUCCUGGAUCAGGUGAUUCCACCAGGACAGCCCAGCUGGCCAGACCUGGCAUACCGCGGCUGUUUUACGUGUCGGGUGUGGCAGUUUGGACAGUGGGUAGAGGUGACCGUGGAUGACCGCCUGCCUUGCCUUGGGGGGCGCCUGUGCUUUUCCCAGUGUCAGACAGAAGAUGUGUUCUGGCUUCCCUUGCUGGAAAAAGUGUACGCCAAGGUGCACGGGUCCUAUGAACAUCUGUGGGCAGGGCAGGUGGCGGAUGCCCUGGUGGAUCUAACGGGAGGUCUGGCAGAGAGGUGGAGCCUGAAAGACCCAGGAAGAAACAGAGACAAGCCGAGCAGUCCCGGCAGCCUGGAGCAGAGGACCUUCCGGAAGCUGCUGCACCUCAAGGACCAGUGUGUGAUAAGCUGCUCGGUGCUCAGCUCCAGGGAAGGUGCCAGUGAAUUAGGGGAGUUUCACGCCUUCAUCAUCUCAGAUGUACGGGAGCUACGCAGCAGUUUGGGCAGGGAGGUGCUGUUGCUCCGAAUUCUGAACCCAUGGGGUCGGCGGUGCUGGAGAGGACCCUGGAGAGAGGAGGGUGAGGGGUGGAGCCAGGUGGACGCAGCAGACGCCUCAGAACUCUUGUCUCAGCUCCAGGAAGGGGAAUUCUGGGUUGAAGAAGAGGAGUUUAUCAGGGAGUUUGAUGAAAUCACCAUCAACUACCCAGUCACGGAGGAGGGUCACCUGCAGAGCCUCUAUACUGCAAAGGUGUUACGUCACACUCAGAAGCUACCAGGGGCCUGGGUCAAAGGACAGUCUGCGGGAGGUUGCCGUAACAACAGCAGUUUCCCUAGCAAUCCCAAAUUCUGGCUGCGGGUCUUGGAACCAAGUGAGGUGUGCAUUGCCCUCCUGCAGAGACCCCGAGUGUGCCAGGCUGACUGGGCAGGCAGGAUCCUGGCCUCAGCUCCGACCAGAGGCAGCAGACCAGCCCUGAGCCCGCAGGGCCUCCCAGGGAAGGAUUACCAAGCCGUGGGACUCCACGUGUGGAAGGUAGAGAAGAAGCGGGUCAGCCUGCCUGGGGUCCUGUCUGCCCCGCCCGUGGCUGGCACUGCCUGCCAUGCUUAUGACCGGGAAGUCCACGUGCGCUGCCCCCUCUCCCCUGGCUACUACCUGGUGGUGCCCAGCACCUUCCUGAAGGACGCCGCUGGCCACUUCCUGCUGCGGGCCUUUUCCAGCGGCAGGAUCUCUCUCAGUGAAAUCAAACCAGCCUCUGGUAGUGCCUCCGCCCGAGAAGACUUGGCAGCUGGGGAGUGGGAGACAGUGCAGCUGAAGGGAUGCUGGAGGAGUGGGCACACUGCAGGGGGCAGCAGGAACUUCCCGUCAUAUCCCAGCAACCCCUGCUUCCCUCUUUCUGUGCCCCUGGGCGUGGGCCCCCGCAGCAUCCGGGUCACAUUGCGCCAGCACUGUGGGGACAGUGAGUGCCACCCAAUUGGCUUCCACAUCUUCCAGAUGCCGGAUGGUGGCUGGCCUCGGGGGGCUUCCUCCCUGCUCCACCUGGAGCCCUUGCUCAGCAGUGUGCCUCAUCGCUAUGCGCAGGAAGUCAGCCACCUGUGUCGACUCUCUCCGGGCAGUUACAAGAUCGUGCCCUCCACGUACCUGCCUGACUCAGAGGGAGACUUCACCAUCAUCAUAGCAACCCAGAUAGACAGGAGGCCUAUUCGGAGCCAGGAGACUUUGGGGCAGCUCCUGCAGGAGGUCUCCUUCACAGCAGUGAUGAAAAGAUAACUGGAAAAUGCCCAGCAAGAGCAUUGAGGUGAUGGACACUGAGCCUCCUUGAGGUUGCCCACACUGCUGUCUGCCCUGGCCACUGAUGGUCUCAAAAUGCCAUGGAGCCAGGUCUGCUCACGGCAGGGUCUGGCCCACCCUCCUGUUUGCCCCUCCCCAGGAGAAGUGCCCCCUCCCCGGAGUUCCACAACUGGACAUAUACCUCAUUUCUUCACUCUGCCCCAUGUUGCCGAUUUGACAAGACUGACUUUAUAUAGAAACCUCAUUGUACUUGACGGUGAAAAAGUGCAGAAUUAUGUCACCUCUUACAGAUAAACCUCAGGCUUGCGGGAAGCUGGAAACAUCCCUGCUCCCCGCACAAUGGUGACAGGGUUCAAGCCUGGGAGUCCCUGCCUGAGGAUUGAGAGUUGGGCCUGCUCGUAGAGGGUGGGAUUUAGCGCCGGCAGGGACCUUAGAGACAUCCCCUAACGACUGUUUCCUGGGUCUGGUUUGCUGGCCCCAGGGUCUCACAGGGAGUACGUAGGGGGCGGGAAGUUUGGACCUGGCACCUCCAGCUCUGCUCUUUCCAUUGCCCUUUCCUGUAAUGGGGCACAAAGGCCAAAGAAGGUUCCAGAAUCACAGCAGCACAGACAGAAGAAGGGCAGCAAGGAAGGAUUGGCUGUGCCCGGGGAGAGGAAGACCAGAGCAGGGCUGUGUGACCACCAGUGUACGGGGCUGGAUCAGGACUAAUGGAUGCCAGAGCAGGCCGAGGGGCUCCAAGUGUUCUCCUGCCUUCUCUGUCUAGAAGCUCCUUUGAGUUGGAAAGAUAAACAGAAAUGGUUGAAAGGGUGUGGAAGCCCAGGACGAAUAAGGCAGCGGAGACAGGCCAGGCGGCUUCCCACAAGGCCCCUGGCCCAGACAAGCUGCCUCUUGGGGUUCUGAAAGAACUGGCCCGGCUGGCCUUGGAAAACCUUUGGAGAACAGACCUGGAAAAGGGAAACUCUGGGUUUUCAGAAUGGAGGACAGUGCCUUGUUGGCACUUAUGGUCUACAUGCUCGUGAGCCCCAAGGGACCUCACAGUCACGAGCAGGCCAUUCAGUUGGGCAAACAUUGGGCACUGUUUGUGCAGGACAUUGUGCUGGGCACCGGGGACAGAAAAGGCAAGGGAAUGGUCCCUGCCCUCAAGGAGCUGACUUGUCUGUGGAGCCAGAGCCCAGCUAAUGUGCGGACAAGCGCUCGGAGGAGGACGCGGCAGCCGGGAGGAAGCAGGGCAUGAAGCACUGAGCCUUGAGUGGGGCUUGGGGUGUAGGCCGAAGAGACCGAUGUUAGUCAACAAGUCUGUAAUAGGUGAACCUGCUUCCUGGAAGGAGCUGGCCAAGAGUGCGGCAGGGUGCUUGGGGCUGGGGGGGGAGGGUUCCCCCUCCCGGGGAAGCCUGCACUUGGACAUGGCUUGACACAGACAUUGUCAAGGAGAUCCCUGUUCGGGAAUCAGUUGGGUUGGAUGCCCCCUGUGGUCUCUUCUGGCACGAGAUCGAGUGAACCCAAAUCUCAGUGAGGGAAUAGUCUGUUUUCAAGGAUUUGUGACCUUCAUUGGCGUGGGUACUCAGCCCACACAUGCAGAUUGCGCCUCGUCUCUGACAUUGUCUCACACGGCAACCUGAGGUGCAGAGAGGCCAGGGGCAGGCCCCUGGUCACACAGGUCGGGAGUGAGUAUGACUCCCAAGCUGAGCCCUGUGUCCUCUACGUUGCACUGCCUCUCCUGAUGUUUGCAAUAUUCUAAGUCAUCUUCUGGUGAAUUCAGAGAGAUGCUCUAGCAUCAGGAAGAAACGCAUUAUAAAGUUGUUUCUUCUUUGAAACAUUUUUAAGAUUGUAAUUUUGGUA